UUUGCGUUUUUAUCGACAACUCUAAACUUCCAAGACGUGAUGAAAGGUGGUUGAUACAAACUACUCAAGUCUGCCAAUGGCUUAAAACACACUUUCACAACCUGUGUACCUGACUAACCCCGUGACGUCGGAGGGUGGAGGCUUUGCCUAAACCCUCGUUGCUGGCCCCUUAACCUCACCCUAACCCGGCCAUGGUGAGCUCGGAUCCGGACGGGAACGGAGGCGCGCCGGACGUCUCCGAGCUUUUCUGCCACUACAACUCCCUCUACUUCCGCGAUUCCCUCGGUUCGUGCGCUGUCUCAUGGACCGAGGACCCACUACCUGAUUGUGAUGUAAGCACAUGUGACUAUUAUCCGGGAGGUGGUGGCUGUAUAAUACUGCUUUCCAAAUCAUUAUGCGGGUCUCAUAAUGGAUCUGAUCUGAAGAAUGCUUUGCUUCAUGAGAUGAUUCAUGCCUAUAUUUGCAUCAAAGACAAUAACAGUAACCAUAGUGAUCAUGGUGCAAAAUUUCAGAAACUGAUGAAUACAAUCAAUUUGAGUUCUGUAGCUGAUCCCCAUCGACCAGUUGAUGGCUACAGCAUAACUCUGCUCCAUGAGAUCCAUAAGAAAUAUUAUCACUACAAAUGUCAAAGCUGUGCAGAUUUUAUCAAGUCAACCAAUAUGAGAGGACCUUCUGGUGAUGACUGCAUUGAGAGAAAAGGUGUAGAUGACCCAUGUCAUAAUUCUAACUGUCACUGGCAUAGACACAAGCAGCAGUGUUCGGGUAAUUAUUGUAGAGUUCAAGAAUCAUCACCAGGAGGUCCAGAACUAAAAUGUUUGGAAGCUGUAGAAGCAUUCAAUGAGGGCAAGGUUGAAGAACCUGCCUGUACAAGUUGGCACACCACACAUACAUCAAAUAAGAGCAGAAGAAGCAAUAAAAACGAGCGGGAAGAUGCCUCUGUGGAGUUCCUUCAUGUUGCACAUAAUGCAGUUGUCUGUUCAGGACUGGAUUCCUCUUCAAAAGACAGGUCCAAUAAGAAAAUCAAAAUUUCAAAGGAUGUUAACUCUGACCUUGGAAGGACAGAAACUGUUCAGGAAGCACCAAAACGCAGAAGAACAGCUGUACUAGAUAACCAAGAGUGCAGCAGACGGAAGAAAAGGAAACAAAGCAAUCGGUGUGGUUCCUAUUCGGUAAUAAUUGAAUGGUUGAAUUACUAUUGUCUUAGUGAGUCGGAUGAAGAUGAGGUGCCGUUGAUCAAUAAGCGAACAGAAAGAAGGCGCCGACAAAGAUUACAUGAAAUGUAUCUAGCCAGGGAAUCCAAUGAUGUUGAGUUUGGCAGCUCAACUUCUCAUAAGGUUGGUUCUUGCUCACUAGCUCCCAAGGACAAUAACAAAGGUGAAAGUGUGCCAGCUUCUCAACCUGAAGAAAGAUCCUGCUCAAGUCAUCCUGUGAGUAGCAACGGAGUUGCUGGAAAUCAAGCUGGUCAUGAACAUAUGUCUUCUCCAACGGAUUCACCAAUUAGAGGUGAAAUUGUAGACAUUUCAGAUGGUUGAGUGCAAGAGUUCCGCGUUAGUUCCUUGUAGCUGGAUCCUGGAUGAAAUAAUAUACAGUGUAAUGGCUAUAAAGACCCUGGGUUUUCCUAUGCACCUUCCAACUGCUAGACAUGCGCACACUGCCAAGCAGCCUUUGUACUGUUUUCCCCCCUUCAUCUAGCCUUUGUAUAUAAGCUUAUUUGUUCCUUUCUGCA